GGAAAAAUAACGCGGCGAGAAGAGACAGGCGUCAUCGUUCAGACAUGGCGUCUCUGCUGCAGCCCGACAGAGUGGUUUAUCUGGUGCGCGGAGAGAAGAAGAUCCGCGCUCCGCUCUCUCAGCUCUAUUUCUGCCGAUACUGCAGCGAGCUGCGCUCUCUCGAGUGCGUGUCACAUGAAGUUGACUCUCAUUACUGUCCCAGUUGUCUGGAGAGCAUGCCAUCAGCCGAGGCGAAGCUCAAGAAGAACCGAUGUGCAAACUGUUUCGACUGCCCGUGCUGCAUGCACACUCUCUCCACACGGGCCACUAACAUCCCUGCGCCGCUGCCCGACGAUCCGUCCAAGACCACCAUGAAGAAGGCUUAUUACCUCGCCUGUGGCUUCUGCCGCUGGACCUCGCGCGACGUCGGCAUGGCGGACAAGUCUGUGGCCAGUGGAGGAUGGCAGGAACCGGAGAAUCCUCACACUCAGAGGAUUAAUAAACUGAUCGAGUAUUAUCAACAACUGGCCCAGAGAGAGAAGCUGGAGAGAGACAGGAAGAAGCUGGCCCGAAGACGUCCGUUCAUGCCUCAGGCCUUCUCGCAACACACUAUUCACGUGGUGGAGAAGUACGGCCUGGGUACCCGGCUUCAGAGGCAGAGAUCUGGAGCUCCCAUCAGCGCCCUCUACGGCCUCUCUCUGAAGGAAGGCGAGGAGCAGAAGGAGGUCAGUAUUGAACCUGCUCAGGCACUGGAUGAGGUGGAGCCUCUGCCUGAAGACUAUUACACACGGCCUGUUAAUCUGACUGAAGUGACGACGCUUCGCCAGAGGUUGCUUCAGCCCGACUUCCAGCCUGCAGGAGCGUCUCAGCUCCACCCCAAACACAAGCACCUGCUGAUGAAACGCUCGCUGCGCUGCAGGAAAUGUGAGCACAACCUGAGCAAACCCGAGUUCAACCCGACCUCCAUCAAGUUUAAGAUCCAGCUGGUGGCCGUGAGCUACAUCCCUGAAGUGAGGAUCAUGUCCAUUCCAAACCUGCGUCACACGAAGGAGUCUCAGGUGCUGCUGACCCUGACUAACCCAGUGGAGAGCAUCACUCACGUCAGCCUGUUCACCUGUGAGGAAGGAGAUCCUGACGACAUCAACAGCACAGCUAAGGUGUUAGUGCCGGCGAAGGAGCUGGUUCUGGCAGGGAAAGAUGCAGCGGCGGAGUAUGACGAGCUGGCCGAGCCGCAGGACUUCCAGGACGACCCGGAUGUGGUGGCCUUCAGGAAGUCCAACAAGAUCGGUUUCUUCAUCAAAGUGAUCCCUCAGCGCGAGGACGGCGACGUUACCGUAUCCUUCAAGAUGCGCCACGACUUCCGCAACCUGGCGGCUCCCAUCAGGCCGAGCGAGGAAGGAGAACCCGCCGUAGAGCUCAUCUGGCUCACACACCACGUAGAGCUCAGCCUGGGGCCACUCGCUGCCUGAACACACACACACACACACACACACACACACACACACACACACACACACACACACACACACACACACACACUGAUCUACACACUGAUCUACACACUCCAAACAACCAGACCAGGGUAACACACACACACAGGAAGUCACGAGUAGUGAUGACAGGAUGAAACCCACCUCAAUCAAUCCCUUACUGAUUUAUAAAACCUACACACACUACAUGUCACGUAUAUUUGCGCACACACACUCUUUGUCUCUUCCUGCAUGCCGUCAUUGACCCACAGAGCUGUAAUUCUGAGUAGCUCCUCCUCCAUCUCCGCCUCCGCCGCUCUCGUGUUCAUGUCCUCUCUCUCCAGCGCUCUGUCUGAUGUUCUGUACACGGAUCGUUGCUUUUAAUCCAGAGCGCUCAGCCGAGUACUAACGUGGUCAUUGGUGGUGAAUAAUAAACCGGAUUAAUUCAUAACGUGGACAAAUAGAGCAUAAAAACCAGUGCAGAAUUUCAGUGUAUUAAUUCUCUGCUACAGUAUGAAUCUUACUGAUGUGCAAGUGUUCUGUAGCAAAGAGAGCUUUAAAAAAAACAAAAGCAGUUCACUAAUAAAAGUCUGAUAUUUAAAAAAAAAAAAAA